AUGGCUCAGCCGACGAAAGAAGAUAUCGACAACUUUGUCGCCGUCACCCAGGCGUCCAAGGACGACGCUCUCCACUUUCUCCAAGCGGGCGGCGGCCUCGAGACUGCUGUAGAGAACUACUUUUUGGCUCAGAACGCAGGUGGUGUGCCCCAAAGCGGCGACCAGGAAAUGCAAGAUGCCGCUACCGCCUCGGAUUCCGCGGCACCCACAGAAGGCAGCGGCGGUGGUGGUGGUGGCAUCACCCUUUCUGGUCAACGCGUGGACGACACGCUUCCCGCAGGAUGGGGAAAGAAGCCCAAGUCGAGAUUUGGCGGUCUGAAUAAGCAGGAAGAGAGUGACGACGAGCACGCUGGGCACGAUCAUGGGGAUGAUAGUGAUAGCGAGGAAGAGCUCUUCACGGGUGGUGGCAAGAACUCUGGUCUCGCUGUGCUUGGUCCGGACAAGAAGAAGGACAAGAGCGACGCUCUCGUUGACAACAUUCUGCGCACUGCUGGUGAGAAUGGCCCCGCGGCGCCUCCUGCCGGCCGGGCUCACCCCGCCGCCCCUGGCCCUUCUGGCCCUUCGAGAGCCUUCCAAGGUGGUGGAAACACCCUCGGUGGUGAUGGUACCCCAUCCACACAAGUCCCCGCUCACGGCACCCACAACGAGACUGACGAGGAGGAGGAAGAGUCCUAUCGCCAAUUUCUCCGGCACAUGCUUUCUGGAGUCAACUUUGGCACGGUGGGGUCGGGCGGGUUUGACCAGAUUCUGAGCCGUAUGGGCGGAGGUCAACGAACCCAGGCUGGCGGCUCCAACUUUCAAGGCCAAGGCAACGUACUCGGCUCUGAAGCCAGCCCUGCUGCUCCCGCUGCCGAAAGUGCCACUCCUACCCGUUCAGCCAUCUCUCCUGGUCCUUCUGGUUUAGCCCACAUUCCCGAAGAAGAUAUCUCUACCGAUCCCGAGACUGGCGAGCGCGUCGUCAACCGCAGACUCACUUUCUGGCGCAACGGCUUUUCCAUCGCCGACGGGCCACUUCUCGACUAUGAAGAGCCUGCCAACCGUGCUCUCCUCGAAGCUCUCGACUCUGGGCGUGCUCCGAGUGUUGCUUUCGGCGUUCCUUUCGAUCAACGAGUCAAUAUUAUGGUAGCGCAGAGGAGGCGGGAGGAUUACGAGCCGCCAGCAAAGGUGCUCAAGCCGUUCGAAGGGGGUGGACAGAGGUUGGGGAAUGUGGCGCCUAGUACUGAGACGAGUAGUAUGCCUGGGGCGUUGCCUGCCGCCCAGGAGAAUACGGGUCGAGGUGCGGGAGGGCAGGUUGAUUUCAAGGUUGACUCCGACAAGCCUACGACGAGCUUGCAGCUCCGUUUCGGCGAUGGUUCUCGCCAAGUGGCCCGAUUCAACACCACCCAUACCGUCGGCGAUAUCUACUCCUUCUACCGAUCCGCCAACCCUACCCAGGGAGAGUUCGUGCUCCAGACUACCUUCCCGAGCAAGGAGCUGAAGGAGAUGGACAAGACCGUGGAGGAGGAGAAGCUCGGUGGUGGUGUCGUCGUGCAGAGGUUUAUUUGA